AGUUGUUGCUGAUCAUAACAUCAUUUUUAUAGAUGGCGCACAAGAUAUGUUUACGGUUUUGGAUUCAAAUGAUAUCAAAUACACAGUGGAAGAAAAUGAGGUGGAACGCUCAGUAAUUUGGUUUCGUACAGUUUCAGAUAUAAGUGUUGAAAGCUGUCGAGUUGUAAAAGAAGAAAGAGAAGAAAUUGAAACAGUUAUGAUUGUGCUUAUACCAAAUAAGGAUUUCUUAAAUAUGGUUCAUUCAUCUGUCAUGCGAGGGAAAGGAAAACAAAGUAACAAAGUGACCCUGCUGGAGUAUAUUAGCAACCUUAAAGCAUCUUUUCCUGAAAUGACGCUCACUUGUGUUACAGUCGGAUUUGCUAAAUACGUUAGAGAUUUAAAGGAAGGAAGUGAUAGUGAGUUGAAAACUGUUGCCAAACAAGUUCCAAAAACAGCAUCAGAAGAGGUAAUCAUUGAAGUACAGUUACAAGCAUUUGUUAACUUCAACUUCGUUGAAAGCAUGACAGAUUUGGGGAGUUUGUUAUGUCGCUUUACUAAAGCGGUUGCUGAGGCACCUCAAAGAAGAGAAAAACAGAAACAAAAAGCUAUGGCAUUUUCCUGGUUUGCUGAUGCUGACAGUAGUUGUCCUGUGAAAACUUCUAAAGAUGGUUCUGGUUUGAUAGAAUUGUGGAGGCAGCAGAUCAAGCAAUUCCAAAACGUUGGUGCUGAAAUAGCUGAAGCUAUAGCAUCAAAGUAUCCUUCUCCACAACUGUUAAUACAGGCUUAUAAACAUUGUAGCACCAUAAAAGAAAAAGAAACUUUGCUGCAAGAUAUUGUAGUGAGGAGAAAUUAUGGACCGUUAGGCACACAGCGGCGCAUUGGUCCUGAACUCUCAUACAAGAUUUAUCUCUUCUUUUCAUCAAGAGAUGGUGAUCAAGUCCUUCAGCGAUAAGAUAUUGUGUAGCUGUACAUACUUUUUGUGAUACUUAAAAUAUAUUUUUGUAAUUGGAGUUGCCACAGAGCAAAAAUAAUUUUUUCUUCUAUUAAAAAAGCUUCUGAAUAUGCUAUAUUUUCUAUUCAAAUGAUUUUAAAUUCAAUAAUAAAUAUCAAGGUUUAAACUUCUAACUAUAUCCUUUUGUAAUGUACUGGAUAAAAGUAGUGCAUUCAAAUUUUUUAACUAUUGUUUUUGGAUUUUUAAAUGUACAUAAGAAGGUGAAAUAAGAGAGCGAACAAUAUAACAACUAGCUGUUAAGAACUUUGUAGUAAUAUAGGUUUUUAUGUGAACCAUACAGAAGCAAAUUUUUAAAAAACUGCUGUUUGUGUUUUGAUGUGUAUAUUGUUUCUAUUAAAUAUUGUUUAAUUAAAUGUUAAAAUGUUUUUUAAGCAGAAUUUUUUUUUUAACUUUGCUUUUGCUUUCUUAUUUUAAAAAAGCAUAGUACUUUUCGAACAAUAGUUUUCUGAACUUAAUA